AAGUCGAUGAGUAUAUCAUUGUCUAUAGAGCUAAAAUUGGAACAUGAGACAAGUGAAGUGUUUGUUCUUGGACAAAGCGAUAUAGUGGAGUUGUGUAUGGGUAAUCGAGAGUUGUGCAUCACUAUUAUACAAAUAUGGUUGACAUAUAUGCAUCGCCUUUGUAUUGACUUGGGCAAGAGUGGCAUGUAUGGAUUCAUUGAUCCGUGUUUCAUUCAGAGUGAAUAUGAUUCUAUUGGGGCUCAAAAGUACAUACAAAAUAAGUUGCAGCAGGAUCAAAAAGAGUGUUAUCUAUUACCUUAUCUCAACAAUUGUCAUUGGCAAUUGCUCGUUAUUUGUCCUAAGAAGAAUACUAUAGUCUUCCUAUGUUCGUUGGGAUAGAAACCAAAUAAAAAUAUCACGCACAUC